AUGUUCAGUUCCUCGGUUUCCAUGAACAGAAGCCGACAGGCCUGGAUCCGCUCUGUGAUUUUCGUGGGUCUAUAUCUCAUACUCUUGCUAUCCUUUACGCAAUGCGCGCUUGUUCUGUAUUUGUAUGGCACUGCUCAAGUCGAUGGGUUGAUGAUGCCUAGUUUGAUUAUUGGAUUGAUCGCUUCAUUCCUAUCAGUCCCCUUCGUGGUCGUCCAUACCAUCCUCUCAUGGCAGUUCCGGCGAGCUCCAGAAUUGAACAUGCCGCGCAAUGUGCUACACAUGGCAUUUUCACAUCUCCCUCGCAUCAUGGUAGCUAUGUGGCUCGCAGCAUCAGCUGCGGGUUUGGUGGUUGUCUCUAAACAGGCGACCUGUGAAGCAGCUACGGUUACGCAGCAGUAUUGGAAAGGGGGGUUGAGUUGCCAGAUCCAUAGGGGUACCGUCAUUCUCGAGAUUUUAGCUUUUAUAUCUGCGUCGGCUCUCUUCUUCAGCUUCCAAGUCUGCGAACGCCCCUACUCCUCAUCCCUCCUGGGCCUGUACGCACCCCAACGUCCACCCCGAGACGGCAGCAUCUUCUCAGAGGCUAGUUGGGAAAGCGAAACCCUCAAGAAUGAAAUCCUCUAUCUCUGUCGGCACCCGGACGCCGGUCCCGGAAAUGGGGAGUUGUACUGGUCACCAAAUGAUAGCUCUCUUUUCGAAACCCCAGUUCGGCCGCCUAGUAUCCGAUACCCUGGUCCGACGAGGAUUCGGCCACAGUUACAUCUCAAUACGCACACGAGUUCGAUUAGACCAUCGAUCAUCGCCGCUACCUCCGUUGCGACGGAUGCAUCCCCCAAAGUGUCGCCUAUAGAUGAGACGUCGGCUCGAUCAAUCAGUUUGAGGAGUGAUAUUUCCCCGUUGUCCAGGAAUCCGUCCCUCGCAUCGACGUUGCAACCUGGUACGGAGGCUGCAUUGACAAGACCACCGCCAGUACCAAAAAUUCCUAAUAUUCCUGAAAUCGCAUUGCUGUCCAAAGCAAAGACAAACCACACGAGGCAAAAGUCUUCUGUUUCGAGUAGAAAGUUUCUGCCGAAGGAUUGGUUGUCGGAGCCUCUGUCUGAGGAUCCGCAGAUUAGGGCUCUUGCGUCUCCACCGAGGUCACCGGAUAUUGGGGCUGUUUCCCCGUUGAGUGAGGAGAGUGACAAGGGGUAUGGAGACGGUUGCUUAAUACAGAAUCUCCCGUCGCCUCCUGCACCGGCAGCGUCGCCGGCAGGAAGAAAGUCAUCUGAUGAAGAUCGGGCUAGCUCUGGUACCGAUUCUGGAACCCAGACGAGAAGUCGAUCAAUGACUGCACCGGGAAACCCGCCUCCUGUACUCCCCCCAGUGCCGCUGACGGUGCGCAAGUCGCGGACGUCGUAUAUCAAUCCAUCACCGAGGUCAAUACAUCAUCCUCAUCAUCCGAACUACGUGGCUCCAGCAGUCACACCCAAGCCAUCGUCAGAGGGACUCAAUAAGUCUCCACCACCGAGGACCAAUCAAGGUCCUAUGAAUAGCAAUAUGCAACCUCUUCAACGACACAAAUCAACAUCAACAUCAACACGGCUCCCCCCUCGGCGCCAAACGAGUAUGGGCCAUCACCCCCAUACACGCUUUCCACCUAUGCAACCCUCACUCUCAUCCCACGGCUCAAUAAAGGAUAUCCAACGAGUCCGCUUAUCCUCUUCAUUUCGAAAUAAUCAACUCCCUCGUCGGACGCCAUCACAUAACCAGCGUCUGCAGCCACAAACACAAUACCAGCAUCAACAUAACAUAAUCCACCACCAACACAAUGGCCCUGCUCCGAUUCCGAGCAGACCACCAUACACCCGCCGCUUCCACUCCAACGACGGCCGCGGCUUUGAUCCCGCGCAUACUUUACCACCCAUCCCGCGCAGCGAUGAUACCGCCACCCUAUAUCCGAGUGCGCGACGGCCACGGAGCUCGACUUAUGGUGGCAUUCCAUCAAACACAUCCAUGACUCUUGCCAGUGUGCAAGAGCCAGCGUCUAUGGUUACGAGGCGUUACGUUGGAGGGUGA